CCUUUACAUAAAAAGCAUAUUAAAAGCGUCCGCACAUCUCAUUCUACAAAAACACACACACACACAUUGAUAGUGCGUUUAGGACUAUGGCCUCCACCACGUCGGCAGAUGUCUUGCCCACCGGCGGCAGAAUCUUCACCAGCAUCCCUGACCUGUUCUUCAUCCCGGAAUUUGUUUUUGGCGGUCUGGUGUGGAUCCUGGUGGCGUCCACUCGAGUGUACCCGGACCACCCAUUAGGCUGGGUCAUGUUCGUUUCCGUCUUCUGUUUUGUCUUCACCACGCUCUGGUUCUUCAUCUUCCUGUGCGGGGCCAAUCAGAGCAGUGUCUGGCCAGCUCUGGACACGUUCUACCAUUUCUUGGCGGUGGUGUUCUAUCUGAGCGCGUCGGUGAUCCUGGCUUAUAUUACCGUGCUCAAAGGCUGGGGACUCACCAUCAACUCGGGGGGGACCUUGACCAUUAUACCCCUCAUCGGAGAAGGCCUCAAGAUCUACAGGCUGGACAUAGCCGCCGUGGUGAUGUCAUACAUGGCCACGCUGCUCUACUUCCUGCACGCCAUUUUCUCCGCCAUCCGAUGGCACAGAGCCUAAAGGGGACGAGCAAAAAGAUGUCAAACGCUUCAUCCUGAAGACAGAAACACUUAUUCAUGCUUUUAUUCUGAUUAUUAUAUACACACAUUCUUUUAUAAGCUGUUACAGACAAGUUGCAAAAGUCACAUGACUGAAUGAGCGGUAAACAAACUAAAUGUCACACGUAAGAGGUUAACGAAUCAAAUCUGCAAAAAAUAUCAAAUUAUGAAAUAUUUAGCAUCCUAAAAGCAUUUUUUUUUAAAUUUGUUGUUCAGAUUGGUAUUAAAAAAUAUCAAAUUACUUUUUAUGUCGUGGAAACAGACACUUAAGUCAUCGUCACUUAUAUUUUUUGGACACUUUAAAUAUUAUUGUUUUCAUUAAAUGGAGAACCAUUGCAAAAACAGUUCCAACUUCAAACAUAAUAAAAUAGGAUUUGUCCAAUCUAUAUACACAAUAUAACAAAAUAAUGUAUAAAAAUCAAUGAACUCUUCAAAUUGUGCUUAAAUGUAGCAUUUAUAGCACCGCACAUGCACCAUGUUAAAAUAAUGCAUUUGUCUGGAAUAUAAAUCUGAAAGAAAAAAAAAAUACAAACAAAAAUUAAAAACAAAAAUUUUUUAAAUGCAAAAAAACUUACAUUUUAAAAUAAAAUAAAAUACAUUCAGUGCAGCGCAUCCACCAUUUUCAAAGUUACAAUUGUGUUUUUUAUAAUUGCCUACUAAACUGUCAUAAAACAGUCAGUGACCCAAAAAUCGUUUUAUAUUUUACGAACAAAACCACAUGUCCAUUUUUAAAACAAGAAUUGAGCUAAAUAGAUGAAACCAACCGUCGACAUUGACUCGACAAUAUCGACGACCUUUUGCGACACGUGUAUACAAAAUACAUUUUCUUUCUUUUGUGUUUACAACCAAACCUGUAAAACAUCCUCAAGCUUUUUAAUCCUACUUUCCAUUUCUGAAAGGCUGACUAUAAACAUCACGUACGAAGGAAUGUUCCAAAGUGAUUGAAAACACUUACAUGUUGUAUAUAUUUGAUUGAUUCCACUUUACACAUAUAUUUACAAAAACACAAUGUGAAAUAAAAUAACUCGACUUCAAA